GCACGUUAUGUCUUUUUGCUUGAAAUCCUCAUUAGCACGUCUAUCACCAGCCUUCGCAAGGUCAUUUCAGAACAGGGCUGCUCUUCGCUUAGUCCCACCAACCAAUGGCACUAUCACCACGCCUCAGGAGUUCCUAAAAGCAAUCGGGCGUUCAUGUGAAACUAAGCUAUCAGUUGAUAACUGGGAUGCAUUAUGGAAAACUUCGGGGUUGGAUCUUCGUAAAUCUGGGGUGUCGGUGCGAGACCGUAGAUAUAUAAUGUGGUGCAUGGAAAAGUACAGGCAAAACCAACCUCUUGAGGAGUUUGCGCACGAACCGAAACCGAGGAAAAAGAUCCGGGGGCGGGGUCCUUCCGUGCAGCAUGGAAAACGCAUACGUUCUCGGCGAGAUACCUAGACCUUGCUAGUGUAUAUUUAAUGGUUUGGCCACGCCGCAAUCCCGGCAGUUGAUACCACGAGACAGUAUACUCUAUCCUAAUACCUUAGCUGCAUAUCAAAUCAUACAUCCAGACAGUACUGAUCUAGAGAACUCUGACCGCGAGGAGCGGCGGCAACGUGUAUGUCCCCCGUUAUGAGAAUU